AUGUUAUCCUUUCUUUUUUUAUUUUGUGGUGUGAUAGUUUUUAAUAAAGCUAAUGUAGAUGAUGUUGAUGUGAACAAUGAGGCUGAAGUUGAUACCAAUGUAGCUAAAGAUGAUGUGGACAAUAAUGUUGAAGCUGAUAUAGUCGAUAUUCUAUAUUCUUUAGAGCAUUGCAAA